CUCCCGCCCGCCGCGCCGGCCGGCAUCGCCGCGGCGGGCAGCGCGGCGGAGGGUGCUGCCGGCGCCGGGAGGGAGCGGCGGAGCCCCGCCGCGGGGUGCGCGAAGAUGCUGUCCUACAGCGUGCUGGACGCCAACGUGGUGGACGUGGAGAAGCGGAGGAACCCUUCGAAGCACUACGUCUAUAUUAUCAAUGUAACAUGGUCUGACCUGACUUCCCAGAUCAUCUACCGGAGAUACAGCAAGUUCUUUGACCUGCAGAUGCAGCUUCUGGACAAGUUCCCUAUUGAAGGAGGCCAGAAAGACCCCAAGCAAAGAAUCAUCCCUUUUCUACCAGGCAAGAUCCUGUUCCGGAGGAGCCAUGUCCGAGACGUAGCUGUGAAGAGGCUGAAGCCCAUCGACGAGUACUGCAGGGCGCUGGUUCGGCUUCCUCCUCACAUUUCACAGUGCGAUGAAGUCUUCAGGUUCUUUGAGGCUCGCCCAGAAGACCUUAACCCUCCAAAAGAGGACUAUGGAUCUUCAAAGAGAAAAUCAGUUUGGAUGUCCAGUUUGUCUGAGACUCCAAAAAAGAGUGUCGCUCCAGGUGCUGAUGCUAGCUCCGAACCCAUGAUCCUGGAGCAAUAUGUGGUGGUGUCCAACUAUGAGAAGCAGGAGAACUCUGAGAUCAGCCUGCAGGCUGGAGAGGUCGUGGAUGUCAUAGAGAAAAACGAAAGCGGCUGGUGGUUUGUGAGCACAGCAGAGGAGCAAGGCUGGGUCCCUGCUACGUACUUGGAAUCCCAAAAUGGAACCAGAGAUGACUCUGACAUCAACACAUCCAAACUUGGGGAAGUUUCUAAGAGACGCAAGGCUCACCUGAGACGCCUGGACCGGCGAUGGACGCUGGGCGGGAUAGUCAACAGGCAGCAGAGUCGAGAAGAGAAAUAUGUCACUAUCCAGCCAUACGCCAGCCAGGGGAAGGAUGAGAUUGGGUUCGAAAAAGGGGUCACCGUGGAGGUCAUCCAAAAGAACCUGGAAGGAUGGUGGUACAUAAGGUAUCUAGGCAAAGAGGGCUGGGCCCCAGCUUCGUAUCUGAAGAAGGCUAAAGAUGAUCUCCCAUCUAGGAAAAAGAACUUAACUGGGCCAGUGGAAAUCAUAGGAAACAUCAUGGAGAUCAGUAACCUGCUGAACAAGAAAUCAUCCACUGACAAGGAGACUCAAGCGGAAAACGAGAAUGCAGAAACCCAUAUCACCAAGAAGGAAAUCAGUUUGCCCAUCCUGUGCAAUGACUCUAAUGGCAAUGCCAUGAUGACCCCAGACAAGCAGGCUUCCAAACUGGCCCAGGGAUCCCCAGCCAUAGCAAGGAUAGCACCACAAAGAGCUCAAAUAAGUUCUCCAAAUCUAAGAACAAGGCCGCCCCCACGAAGAGAAUCCAGUCUGGGUUUUCAGUUGCCCAAACCACCAGAGCCACCCUCCGUGGAAGUGGAAUACUACACCAUUGCAGAGUUCCAGUCAUGUAUCUCUGAUGGCAUAAGCUUUCGUGGAGGACAAAAAGCAGAGGUUAUAGAAAAGAAUUCUGGUGGCUGGUGGUACGUGCAGAUUGGAGAGAAGGAAGGAUGGGCUCCAGCAUCUUACAUUGACAAGAGGAAGAAGCCAAAUUUAAACAGAAGAACCAGUACUUUAACCCGCCCAAAAGUUCCUCCCCCAGCACCUCCCAGUAAACCAAAAGACUCUGAAGAAGGAACAACUCCUGGAAUGGUUUCUUCAGGAGAUAACCAGGACUCUCCCCACAAGCUGAAAUAUGAAGAACCUGAGUAUGACGUGCCUGCCUUUGGCUUUGACUCGGAAUGUGAAGUGAGUGAAAGUCAUCGAGAAGAGGGCACUCCUGAAAAACGACUGUUUCAGCCCCUCAAGCCCUCUCCCGUGUCAUCACUUCAGAAAGCAAAGUUCAAAGUAGGAGAGUCUUCAGAAGAUGUUGCUCACGAAGAAGAGACCAUCUAUGAGAAUGAGGGAUUCAGGCGUUAUGUGGAAGAUGCUUUGUCCAAUAAGGAAUCCAGUGGAGACUCCGAUUCUCAGAAAAGCUCCUCUCUCUCCUUGAUCCGAAGGAAUUCUCCAUGUUCCAGCUCUCCUAAAUCAUCACUUGUGAAGCUCAAGAUGGACAAAAAUGUCCAGCCCGAUCUUGGAAAAUGUCACUAUUCCAGGAGCGAGGAGACGAAACCAAGGUCAGCUUCAGAUGUUGGCUUACGUAGCAUGCCAAGAACAGGCAUGAAGAAAGAGCCUGGGCAGAGUCCUUCCAUUAGAGCAAAGCCAAUCGUUAGGCCCAAACCCUUCCUGAACAAGGCAGACUCUCAGAGCCAAGAAAAGAUGGAUAUCAGCACUUUAAGGCGUCAGCUGAGACCAACUGGGCAACUCAGAGGUGGACUUAAAGGUUCAAGAAGUGAAGAGUCCGAGAGCCCCCCACACACAGCUUCUGAGAACCAAGAUGAUCCUGUUAGGAGGAGCUCGGCUGAUCUCAUUACAGCUCCUUCCCGUGGCAUUUUCUGCUCUAGCCAACCAGCCAAAACUGAGCAAGAAAAUGACUCCAGAUGUUUCUAUGUGACCAUUGACUCAUACCAAAAAGUACAGGAUUCUGAAAUUUGCUUCCCAGCAGGAGUAGAAGUGGAAGUGCUGGAAAAGCAAGCCAGUGGAUGGUGGUACCUGAAAUACGGAGACAUGGAAGGCUGGGCUCCUUCCCAUUAUUUGGCUCUCCCUGAUAACCAGCGAGAAACAACGUCAGGAGAGACUGAUGCUUCAUUUGCCAGGAACAGGAAAAAUGAAAACAAGUCAAACAGUUUAGAGAAGAUAGAGAAGAGGGUUCAGGCUUUGAACACUAUCAAUCAGAGCAAACGUGCAACACCACCCAUCCCAAACAAACCUCCUGGUGGUUUUUCAAAACCAUCAGGGCCAGUCAAAAUGAGGAAUGGUGUGAGGCAACUUGCCGUCCGGCCGCAGUCAGUGUUUGUGUCUCCACCACCAAAGGAUAACAAUCUGUCAUGCUCCUUGCGCAGAAAUGAGUCUUUAACAACUACAGAUCAUCUUAGGACCGUCCGUCGGAAUUCUUCCUUCAGCAACGCAUGGUCACAGCCCGGUGACGUGAAGGGAAAGCAGCCUGAGCGGUCAGGUACAGAGGGCUCGGAGACCACCUCCAACCUCCCUGCCCAGAGGAAUGGGAUUCCUGUGUCCACAGUUAGGCCAAAGCCCAUUGAGAAAUCCCAGUUCAUCCACAACAACCUCAAGGACAUCUAUGUUUCCAUUGCAGACUAUGAAGGGGAUGAGGAGACUGCAGGGUUUCAGGAAGGUGUCUGCAUGGAGGUCCUCGAAAGGAACCCAAAUGGCUGGUGGUACUGCCAGAUCAUGAAUGGUGUGAAGCCAUUCAAAGGCUGGGUGCCCUCAAAUUACUUGGAGAAAAAGAACUAAUACUGCAAUAUCUUUAACCUCCCUAAUUUAUACUGUUCCUGCUGUGUACAUGUGGAAAAAACAAUUGCUACACAAAAAGACGUUUCCCUGUGCUCCAGUUUGUACAAAGGGACAAAGGAGUCUAUGCUGAGGACAAAUCUGCCAUGUUCUGGAGAGGUUUGUGGGGUUAACGUGUUGUAAGCAACCAUGAGGAAGAUGCAGCAUAGUCAAAUGCCUUUUUGUGAAGUUGUUAAUAAUCUUGUAUGUGUAACAGGGUAUGACAUCCCAUCUUUCCCGUUAUUAAUAGGAAACCAAAUGUGUGCCUUUUGUGAGAGAGAAAUACACACGCAUCUACUUGGGGAGUUUUGUGCCAAACUGUUUUACAAUCUUGGCUCCCUUUCUCCUCGUUCUUGUCCGUACGUGGAAUACCCAAGAGUUUUGGAUGCGUUUCCACAACUUACAGUGAGAAGCGAAUGGAAGUUUCUGAAACACAGAGGGACUCUAAUUCUUUGGAGAUGUUCACUUUUUUUUUUAACUAUUGUCAACAGUUGAUUGGUCCAGAGUUGGAGCCUUUUCAUUGCGGAGAGAUUUGGUCUCUGACUUCAGCUGUGUUUUGUUGUUACUGCUAACUCACCGGAAAAGGCAAUCAGGUGGUGUUGGUUGGGGGCUUUUUGUUUCCUUUCAUUCUGUCUUGUUCUUUGAGUUGGGAUUUCAGGUGUUCAAGGGCAGCGAUGCCUACUGGUGCUUGUAAAAACAAACCUACAAACCCCAUGCUUAAGCGCGUUGAUUACUUCAUAGGCUCCAUAUUUAGUUCUGUGCCUGACUCCUGCCAGGUGAUCCUGGUUGAUUCUCUUCCCAGAGUUGGGUUUCUCAAAACUUGUCAAUAUCAAAAUGUACAAAAGUCCCCUAAGACACUAAAGACAAAGCUGUCAAGUGUGUUACUUCUGUUUUUGUGAUCUGGUCCGAAUCCAAGCGUGCUGACUGCUGGCGGGGCUCACCAAGGUAUUAGAAAUAGCCAUAACCUUCUGCAACAUCAGUGUUUACAAUGGAGGGGGGGGGAAGCCAUAAAACUCAGUCUGCACAUCCUUAAUUUGUAUAUUUUUGGGGAAUUGUUUUUGUGUGUUUUGGUUUCGUCUUUGUGUGUUCUGGGUUUACUUUUUUUUUGUCUUGUUUUACCAGAAGAGACUUAAAACUGAAGUAGGAGCCAAAUAUGUGUUUCUGUUCCCACUUGAAUCCAGAAAGUACAUUUGUACUGGAAAGUGCACCUGGGCUUCUCAGGCUCAGAGAUUUAAUAUCAAAGCAAUUAGGUCUACAAUGCAUUUAACCAGGAAGCUGCCUCUUCUAGUUCCAUUUCUGUUUGCCUUUCUUAACUCGUGCUUUGAAACGUGGCACACGGUGGGGCUAGUGUGGUGGGAAAUGGAAGAGACAUCCAUUGGAAAAGGCUAGGAAUGUGGAGUUAUUCAUGAGGUAGCCAACUCUUGUACUGUAAACAUCAUUGGCUAAAUCCCUACUGUACUUGAGGAAGUCAUGGGGUUUUUUUGGUUUUUUUUAAAUGGCCUUGUUAAUCACUCAAGAUCAAUACCUAGUUCCUUUAAAUAAUAGGCAGCAUUGUAAAUCUGUUUUAAGGGGGAGGGAGCAGACAGUUUCACUACUGGUUUACACAAAAUGAUACAUGCCCUUUUUUCCACCAGUUUCAUACUGAUUUGGCUUGGAAGGUGAAGGUUAUAAAGACUUUAAAAUAGCUGGGAUCAAGGAGCUGAGUAAAAUAGCACAACAAUAUCGUGUGUUACUGGGGAUGUUUCUCUGCCAAAAAAAAAUUACGCAAUUUAUACGUUGUUCUUGUCUUUAUUUUUUUUUUUUUUGGUGUGGUUUGGGGUUUUUAUUAAUUUCCAUGGUAACAUUAAGAGAGUUGCCUACAGCUAACCUGACUGAUGUCCUUUUGGUAGCUGAAACAACAUCCAGGUGCCACAACUGGCUAUGAACAGUGCUGUGGUUCAAGCAGCUCUCUGCAUCCAAGUGGGGAGGAAGGGUGUUUGAUUGGGAUCCCUUUAAAUUGUGGUGGCAGGAGGAGGUGUAUCUGCACAACAGCUCAUAUCACAGUGUAUGGGGUCCUCUUUGUACCUUAACAUGUUACCAUAUAAUAUAUAUGUAUAUAUCCAGUUAGCUACAUCUUACUGGAUGUGUUUCUGAGGCAUUGUGGCCCUGUCUCUCAUACUUCUCCCCAUUUUUAGUUGUACUAAUAUGGUAGCAGCCAUAAAAGACUGCUGGAGCUGUUGUGAGAUUAUAAUAGAAGUAUUAUAUUCUUCUGCUGGACAGUAUUAAAUAGAGCAAUACAUAGAGUUAUCUGCUAGAUUGCAGUACUAAUAGUAGUGACUUAGUGACUCGUAUUAAUGUUGUUAUGAUUUAUUUUAACAAUAAUGAUGCGGAAGUGGUUCAUUAUUUUGAAUUAAUGCACUUUAACAAUAAAAGAAACCAAAAUGGAAGCCAAUGCAGAGAACUAAGUGCAUUAUUUAAAGGUGCAGUAUAUAAUUAUCAUUUUCUUGAAGCACAUAUUUAUUAAGAAUUAACUUAUUAUUUAAAAUAUUCUAAAGUUUUGUUUAAAGACAUUCCCACUAAGUCAUCUCUUUGGGGGGAUGUAAAAGCACAGCUCCCAGAUCUUCUGCAUUGAGCCACUGAAUUCUCAGAGUAUGGUGUGGCAUGACGUGAGCCCCUACCCAGGGAGAGGAAAGCAGCACGCAGAUGGGAGAGCCCAGACUACUAUAAAUAUUCUCACUUCCAUCCAGCAAAGCCGAGCCCAGAGCACCUGUGAACUGCAGGAGUCCUUGCAGGGUUUGGGGUGGCAAAGCUAUUUUUGGCAGACAAUUGUGGCACCUGGCUGCUGUGUGCCUUGCACGAGGCUGGUCCCCGGUGGAUGCGGGCUCGCUGCAAGGCUCUGGCUAGUGUGAGGGGCUUCAGGAUCUGCCUGUGAAACACGGACCAGCUCUGUAACAGACGUCAGUCUGUCCCACAGCUCCCUUUCCACCUUGCCGGCUCACUUCUCCAGCUCUGGUUUUUGCAGGGAGAUGGUUUGCUGAGCUCCAAGCGGUGCAGGGGAUGACACAGAGUGAAGGUGCCUGCAGCACUUCCAGGGUUUUCUCAAGCAGCAGCCCAGUGUCUCAUGGCUCAAUUGCUCCUUUAUCCCAUCUUGAAGGCUUCAUGGCCCUCUGAGGAGAGGCCAGAGCCCAUAGCUUGGCUGCAAAGCCAGGCUCAUGGCGUCGCUCCUCCCUCUGCCCCUACCUGCACCAGCAGAAAGGAUGGGGUGCAAAUGACCUACUUGAUGCUAGAAAUGAAUCUGGGCCACUGCCUGGGACGCUGGGCUUCCUGCCUGGUGGGAAAGCUUUGAUUUGGGCUUCCCUUUAUUCGGUGGCUGUUUUGACUGCUUGUGUUUAAAGGGCAGUUUUAAAGCAAAUACCCCCCAAUGCAGUUUUCCCCCCUCCCAUCUUACCAUUGUCACAGCAUCUCUCACUGAUCUCUUUUUUGAUUCUUUCAACUGAGAGAUACUGGGAAAAGAAGUAUUUUUUCCAUCGGUGAGUAGCUAGUUUUGGCCAGCUCCACUGAUACCUGAAAUAGCAAGCCCUUUCCACUGUUAGCCGUGAAACAGAGCGAAAGGCCUUAAGCUAAAUCAGAAAAGCUGACUGCAGGGCAGGAAAACCUGGCAGGGUGCCUCAGAGGACAGUGUAGUGCUAGAAGUGUUUUAGCUCUUUUCUAAAAUGUUAAUGUUGCCUUAAGCUUUAUUUACUAAAUUUGUCAGAACUGACACUGGAUCAAGAGCAAUACUUAAAUGUAACGUACACCUCAGUGAACACUCAAUGCAGAAAUCAAUAGUACUGUUUAAAUUUCUCUUUUUCGGGUUUAUUCUUGAACCAGAUUAAGAGGAAGAGCUCUGCAAGGCUUGGGCAAAGCCAUUUGCAGCUGAAGGGGGCCCUCCUCCGGGGGGAGAGGCGGCUGCUGUCACCGCAUUGCUCUCACCCACUGUCCGUGCUUUCCAAAAAGUCUUGAAUUUGGACCAGCAGAAAAUCCUAACUCCAAUGCCAGAGAACAAAAUUUAAGAAUGUGAAAAUUGUGUCUUACUGUAUACUGCAACUUUAAUAAUAAUGAGCACUUCUGAGUUCGUUAUUGAGGUUUAUAUAAUGCCUGAAAAUUUUAAUUGCUGGUUUCCCUUGUCUCCCCUUUCAAAACACUUUCUCAUAAGAGCAAGAGUAAUACGUUUUUGUUAGCAGCCCUUCCCCGUGGGAGGCAAUUCCUGUUAAUUGUUUUAGCUCUCAUGCCUUGCGAUGGGUGGGUGUAGUCAUACCUACUAGUCCUUUUCAAGCCAAACUUUUCAAGAUAAAAGAUAUCUUGACACAAUGGGUGUGUGUCAGGAUACUUAACUGAUGUGUCUAAACAGGAAGUUUUUAAAUGGAGGUGUACAAAAAUAGCAAACGGACAAUAAUGAAGGAUUGAAAUUGGCUCACAGUUAGACUCUUGAAAAAGGAAUUUCAUGUCUGCACAGGUAUAGCCAAAAAAUUGAUUUGGCCCUUGUUGAUACAUACCCCAAAGACUCCUUCCGUUAUGAUGCUAUAAAGUUUGACGAAGGCAUUAUAUAAUUGUUUUCAUCACUUUCAGACCUUAAUGAAUCAUAUUUUAUUGUAAUAUAUAUUCAUUGCUUUCCUCAGUUAAAAAGAAAGUUACUGCUUUUAUCUUAUAUGAAAAACAAGGGAAUUUGAUAAAGCAUUCAUUAUUUUCAUAUUACUAGUAUUAACAGAAUAGAACUAGUACUAUUUAAUUUUAGAUCUUCAUAGCUAGCUUGUUAAUAACUCAUAUUUUCCUGUGUUGUAUCCUACUAUUUUUUUCUAUUUUUUCCCAAAUACUCUGCAUUCUUGAGAAAAAAAAAAAUCCAAUGAGUGGAUAAGUGCAAUAUUCAUAGAAUAAACAGGCCCCUCAUCCAGGACUUGGAGUGGAACGUGCAGUGUGAAAUGUUUGCAAUUCUCUAUUCAUGCACUCUUAGGGGAAGGGGGAAUGCAGGGGAGGGGGCAGCUGGAUGAAAAUAGGACCCUUGGGUAGGUAGGGACUGAUAGCUGGGGUGGUUUGGGGUGGGAAUGGCUGCUUUUCAUAAAAAAGCAUCACCUGUUACUGAAAGUAUAAGGAUUAUGCAGCAUGUUGCCAGCAUUAUGUAUAGGACUUCUGAGCUAUGCUUGAAACACUCUGUAUGUCAUCUAUGCAUGAUACUGUCUUCUGGUAUGUCUCUGCUGGUUACGUCCUCUGUUACGCUUCAGAAUCAAUGAUAACUUCAGAAAGGAAGAUAAUUCUGCUGGUGCAGUCCCAAGUUUUGAUACUGUAUUGUUACUUGUAUUUAUUGUGAGAGCUAUGGGAAUAUUUUCACAGGUCCUUAUUUCUUUUCUUUCCUUAUUGUUAACCUAAGAAAAAAAGUCCCCAUUUUAUCUGGGUUAGUUCUCACUUGCAGAAUUUCACAGCUGAUUUGGGUAUUGAUUUCAUAUUUCUUGGCUUGCAAAGGUUGAUCUCUCAGGUCCAAAAUGAAGUUGGGCAGAAACUGCUCUUCAAAGAGGUUUUGUCUCAGAUUCUAUUUGAAUGGAAGGAGAACUUCCAUCUGUCAAAAAUAAUGUGACCUUCCAGGUAGCAGCAAAAUCUACUACCUUUGAAAAACUGGACUGUUUUCGUAAGAUGCAAGAGAAAUGUGAAAGCCAGAGCAUUUGAUUCUCUGAGCUCUGGGAAGUACAUCUUCUGUGGCUCUAGUUCAUGUCCCUGGAGAGGGGGUGUACCUCAGCUUUCUGCUUAAUUUUUGUCCUGCUGUUCUUAAGUUUGUCAAAAAGCCUUAAUAUUACCAGAGACCUUUGCAUUCAAACAGAAAAACUGAAUUCUGCAGCUGUACUGAAAUAGUAUCAAUUACAUGAUUUUGGAAGACCUCUAAUACUUUACAAAUUAAUCUGGUUUUGAGGAGCCAACUUAAUUCUUUCACAUGCUCUUGUCUAAACUGGCAAGAAGUCCAUGAGCAUCAGUAGAGUUACACUGACAGAAGACCCGCAGUGGAGCAAAGUGCUUUGUGGGCGCUCAGUGUGGACCAUUCUCAGCAAAAGCAAGCACCGUGCACUCGGUUCCUACACCUCCAAAGGGUGCAUAGGACUGCUGAGCCUCAGUGCUGCCAUGCCAUGAUCCACUUCUCUGCAGGUCUCACAGCUUUUUAAAAACAACUGGAGCUUUGCUGCUAUUUGCUGGUGGCUUCCCAUCACCAGCGGCUCCUUCUCUGGCAACUUCAGAUGCUACUUAGCCUCGUAGCAAAGUGCUGUGUAUAAAUACAGUGUUUGAUAGCUGCCAACAGUACCAAUAUGAUGGUCUGAGAGCAAAUGUUUGUGUAAGUUAUUUUAUUUUCAUUUGCUUCUAGUUGCUUGGUGGAAGCAGGGACCACCAAUGUGGCGAUGCGUGGGGAAUGUGUCUGCACACUUGAACUGUUUGAUGGCCUCUGCUAGCUCUGCACAGUGUUUGUAUUUCUCUUUCUCUCCCUCUGUGCUGCUCAGUAGUCGUGUCUGGUGUGUGUGUCUGUAAUUUUCAAAUAAAGUACUGUAUGUAGGGCUGGAUCAGAAGCCCCCACAGUCAGUUGACUUUGGGUUGGGAUGUAGAUCGCUGUUGCUGCUUUUCCUCCCUCCAUCUUAGACCCACCUUGGAGCAAAGCACAGACGUCUGUAAAAAGUCACCCAUAACUCUAGUUUGGUGUAUCAGUUUUGUGGGGUGUGCAUGCAUUGCCAAGGGUGGAACGAGGGGAUCUUUUUUCUUGGAUGCCCUCAUAUCAGGGCUAGGGCUCUGCAGCAAUUCCUGGAGCAAAAGCUGUGCCGCACCGCGUGCGGACCUGACUGGUGUAGGCAGAACAAAUUAGUUUCUCCCAUUUUAUAAUAUCAGGGCUGGGCUGGUCCCAUCAACAAUGUUCUUCAUUUGUUCUUGCAUCAAGGUAGCAUUGAUUCUAGUUGGAGAGUGCAAUUUUUUUUGUUUUGUGUUUUGGGUUUUUUUAAUAAAUAAAUUUGGUUUAAAGCUUCACACUGGCGUUUUACAGACCUGUUCUUGUCAGCAUAAGCCACUACUGUCCUGAGUUGAGACUCCUGUUUGUUACUGAAUCAAAAUAAUGGGAAUUAUGUUGAUAAUUUGGAAAGAAAUGAGAGGCACUAUAUUGGCAGGGGAGAGAUAGAUAAGAUAUGAGGGAAAAGAUGUUUCUAAUAAGGCCAUAAAUUAUUGGGUCUGACACUGCAGGUGCUUUCUCUGUAUAGAUGGUUUUAAUACAUCACUGCUCUGUGUUAGGAUUUUUUAUUAUUGAGAAAAGUUGAGUUUUUUCACUCCGUGAUACACUAUGACAAUCUGUAUCCUGAAGCCAAUGAUCCACCAAAGGAAGAAAAACAUGGGUUAUGUGUUUGUUGUAGUUGAGGUAGUUUGUGUGUCUGGGAGUUUGCAUACACCGAGGUUCUGCUGAGGGAGCAGGCAAGAGUGGCUGUUCCAGGUCUGCCUGCAUCAGCCCUCUGUGAAACAACCCUGUGCUAGUGGCACUUCAGGGAAAGUGUCGGGCUUAGUGAUCUUUCCCUGAUGCUCAGGGUUAUUUGAUUACAAUGGUACCUGUCUUUCUUGGUCCCUGCUUAGUGGAGGAGAAAAACAGAGGGGAGGGAGAAUCACUUGGCACUGUAGGGAGAAUUUUUAAAAUAUAACAUUUAGUAUUAAAACAAAUAUUUCAGGCUUCUCCAGAUAUUCCCCUUCAAAGCUGUGUUAGUGACUCUGUAUCUGAUGUCUGAAAUUUAAGCAACAUGGCAGCUUUCUCUGUGCAAACAGUUCUUUUAUGGUUUGAGAGCUUGUUCUUUAACUGCUUCUGGGUCACCAGGGAAGCAGUAAUAAACAAAAUCCCAUCAUCACCCUCGGGGUUUGGACUGGGGGGGGGGGGGCAUCAAAUUCUGUUCUGACUCUGGGUCUUCCUGAGCAUCCAGAUUCAGUUUGUUUCCAUCCCCUAGAAGCAGGACAGAAGAGAAUAGUGCAGUCACUGGAACUUAGCCUGUAACAAUUAGUAAACUGGAACAAAUAAAAAAGGAAUUAAAAAUAAACGUUUUAAAAAAUGAAAUAUUUCAGUGAAUAGCUGACUUAACUAUUUCCUGUCUUGGGUUGGAGAGGGGGGAGUUAUAAUUGUUUCCAGUCUCUAGGAGGAAUUUUUCUGCAGCAUGCUGAAUAGGCUUGCUGAAAAGUCUUGCUCAUUACUCAUGAUGAGUUCAAACCUAGAGUAUUGCAAAAGCAAAGUGUGUGUAGCAUUACAAUGACUUUUUUGUACUGAGGGUCCAAACUGAGAAUUGUGGAGUCAACAGUGUACAGAGUAGGUGCAUUUCUGCUGUCUGGCUAACUUCACAUUACAUCAGUGCCAUUCCUUUAUUGCAGAUUUAAUUGCAGACAGCAGCACUCAUUACUCUGCUUGCAAUGUUUGGGGAGAAGCAAGCAGAUGAGCCUCCUCAGUUAAGACUUAAUAUCAAAUUCCAUGUCAGGAGAAGUCUUGCCAGCAGUUUGGUUGAUUGCUGCUUAGGCUGAAGUUCAGAUGCAGAUAACUCAAGGUGGGCAUUGAAAGCAGCUCAGCUGGACGUGUACAUCUGUAGCUGUUUCCAGAGCUGUUAAUUAGCCAAAAUUGUCUCUGGAAAUGAUAGGUAGUCAAUUAUUGGGAGCCUAAACCUGUUGUCGAAUGAAGGCUGAGAUCUGUUUGAGCAGUUGUGCUCCCCUCCAGUAGCAGAGCAACUGCACGUGUCUGGACUGGAAACUGGGUUUUCCUGUCCCAAAUUUGUAUUUGGAAAAAAAAAAAAAAAUCAAUCUAGGCCCGGUCUAAGUGAGAUUUUGCAGUGGGUUUCCUGGGUGGCUGAUGUUCUUAAUGUGACCCUGAAUAUUAGAUGCAGUUGUCAUUUCUGUGUUGGUGUAGUGCUCCAUUUUCUGGUGGUUAGGUGGUGGGAAUGUACCUGAUAGGAGCUUGGGAGAGUAUGUCGGUGACCAGAGAUAGAGAAAUGUGUGGCUGGUCUUAGUGUGUGUGGUCAAGUUGGUGACACUUUUUUUGUCUUUGUUUGUUUGUUUGUUUUCUUUUUAACAUGGGAACCAUUCUGUCUGUUCUGCUUGGGAAAAGGUCUAGAAGUUGGUGUGGUUUCUGUUGCAGAAGGAAUAUGAGAGCUUUUUUUUUUUUUUUUUUUUUCUUUUCCUUUUUAAGAGAGUUUAUGGGCAGGAGUCCAUUCAGUUUGGGUUGGGUUGCAAGGUAAGCCAAGAGAGGAAGAAAAUGAGUCUGGGGAAACCCUUUUUCAUGGUAACAGCUUUGGACCAUAUUUUCUUGUGGCCUCUGAUACAGCUCCACUGAAGGUAGUGGAGUGAAUAUUGUUCAUCGUGCAGAUGCUGGAGCUUUUGGCCAAGUAUUAAUUCUUUCAGAGCUGACAGGUAUUUUGACAUUCAUGGCAUCACUCCUUAAUGUACCUAUAGCAAAUGUGAGCUAGAGACAGAAAUAAUAACUGCAGCUUCAUGCAUUGCCCAAUUUUUUGUUUAAUGAACUUGAGAUGAUGACCAGUUAGAUAAAACUGUUUGUACAGUGAACAGCUCCUGCAAGGGUCCAGAUGUGCUUGGGUCUCUGAGAUGCUUUCCUAGGAAAGGAAAUAAUGUGCAUGAAAGAAAAUUUUGCCUUUCUCAGUCACCCCAGUAAAACUGAAACCCAGAAAAAUGGCAUUUUUUUGCACUUAACAGUAUCUUUUGCUAUUGAUGGCAAGAGUUAUCGUUAAUGAGGGGUCAGAUGCCUCAGUCUGAACUGGCAUAAAAAAGAUGACCUUUUUGUGAAUGGCCCUUGAGUCUGCAUGUAAACAAGGUAGAUUUGAUGCAGUAUAGAGUACUAGUUAACAAAGAUGAGUAACUUCUCUAUGGGCCAACACACAAGGUGCAUUAUCAGCGGGGAAAACACAGCUCUCCUUUUUACCAAGUGACCCUGUAGAAAUGUCCCUCAAGUUUUAGCACAGAACAGCUGGGGACCUGUGAUGAUUUAGCUGAUACUUACGGUACUUAUGGUGGACCUGGUUCUGUGGCUGGGACAAUAGAAGUGCGUCUCUGUCCCAGUGAGAAUUAAUGAAAUUAUCAUAGCACAAUGUUUUCGUUUGCUCUGGAUGUGACAGUGGUGGUGGGAAACAAUUGCGCAAAGCAUUAUCUUCCCCAAUCCAGACUUGCAGACUUUAGUGCCCAGACCAGAACUGGUUUCAGAGCUGUCCUCAUGGUUAUGUCAUAGGCCAAGUGCAGUAAAUGCGGGGUUGAAUAUCACCAGAUCAGCCUGUGUCUGCUCAUGUCACAGGCAUGGGUGACUGGGUCAGGGUUUUGCUGCCCUGGGUGGGACAGGGGCAGCACGUGGGGGGCUGCCCUCUUCUCUGUGACUGCCAAACGGCCAUGUGCCGUGCCCAAGUGCUUGCUUGGAGAAGUGCAAAACAGUGUAAAGCAACUGAAGUUUGGGGGUUUUCCCUAGAGCGGCACAUUCUAAAGCAGUGAAGUAAAACCAAACAUUUGUUUGGGGGAUUUUAAUCAUGUCUGCACCUGUAAAGGUGAAGAUUCUGCAUAGGUCUCUCAACAGGGAAUGAGAAAUACAAAUGGUCUUGGGCAAUUGUGCAUGUGAAGAUGCAGAGCAAAAACUUCAGAUUGCUGUGCCUAAAAGUAGAUCUCAGCAUUUCUCUUUAGGCAUUUAUUAGAGCUGGUGUUACCUUGGAAUUGAACAGCAUUUAAUAGUGGUUAAUUAAGACUGCUCAAAAACUCCUGGAGGAAAAGACAAGACAAACUGAGUUCUGGACACUUGUAGAGGAGGGAGUUGCAAUAAAUGUAAAAUAUUGCCAGGUGCUUUAUGAACUUAAUUUUUCUCCUAGGAUUGUCACAGAUCUUUGUGACUGUAUCCUGGCCCACACUAGUGCUGUGGCACAGCAACUGGGUGGUGACACUUCUCUGCAAAACUUCACAGCCAUGCAUCUGUGAUGGGCAUGUGUAUAUUGGAAAAGAUGAGCCUAAAAAGGGCCUGGAGUAAGAUACGCUUGAUAAAAGAGCUCCUGUUUUGCAUGUUCCAGAUAUGCUGAAAUAACUUUCAUUUAGGCAACUUCAGGUCCUUCCAGGCAUCUCCCAUCACACACCCUGACAGCAUGCAGGCGCUGCAGUCUGCCAGGUUUUGGAGGGUGGCAAAUGAUAGUGGAAAGGGAAAUUCAGGAACCACACUGUCACUGCCCUUCCUGUUCUUGAGCCCUGCCCGAAGGCAGAGCUCUGCCUGGCCAAAGCAGGAUCAGACCCUUGGCACGGUGUUUGCUGUGUCCCACAGGGCUGAGCUCAGCUCUGCCAAGCGCUUUGAGUGAUGUUCUGUGGCACUGUGCACUGCUGCACAGCGAUGAUGCUCUGCUCUCCAUGUGUGCAAGACCUGGGGAGGUUGUGAGGGACUGCCAGAGUUUGAGGGCUGUUUUCUCAGAGUUACUACAAAUUCUUGUGAUGUGAACCUCUAAUGUUUUCAAAGACUCAGGCAGAAAGGACUUGCUAAAGAGACUGUACCUGUCAUCUCCCAGUUCAUUGAUUGCUUGGACCAAAGGUGGUGCUAAAUCUGAUCUUUGUAAUAUUUAUAUUUUGUUGGACUUUUUUUUUUUUAAGUGUUUGAUAAAACAGAUGCAGUGUCCUUCUUACAUGAGAAAUUUAGUCCCGCCUUGGGACACAGCAAAACUCACUGGACCUUCAAGGUCCAGAAUUGUUGCUUGUUAACAUUUGAGCAGGCUUGCAGUGUUCUGGGGGGAGGUGGGAAAAGGGUACUCUAUCUUCAAAUGCUUGCAGACUGUAAGAAUUGACUUGUGAUUUUUUUUUGUUUGUUUGUUUGUUGGUAUUUUGUUUACAUUGCCUCUUAUGCCCUAAUGAAAAAAUAAAUUUUUGACCUUUUUAAUUGUGA